GCUAAUUUUGUUCCAGUAAAACCCUUGAAAUCUAUCCUCUCAUAUCAUUCAUACAUAUAUAUACAUAUAUAUUCAUAUAAGAAUUAAGAAUACAGAAUAAAUAAAUUCAUAAUAUAAUUCAAAGAAAACAGCAAGGCAAUCAAUGGCGGUAAUAUUUUCUUGUUUGAACAUGAUGACCCAGCUCAGAAACCAUGAGUCAGUAAAGGGCUUUGCUUUAUCAAAUGGGCCUUUUGUAAAAUCUAUCAAGAUUUCUUCUUUAACUUACCCAUCUUCUCAUUUUGCUAUCAAAGCCCUUCAGGAUGAUUUGGAGCAAUUUCCAAGAGAACUCCAACCGAAAAGAAGCGUGACAGCACCAAGUAAGCCUGGAAUAGACAAUUUCAAGGAACCUGAAGCCGAAAAGCAAUCCUUAAAGUUUGUCGAAGCAAAGAAAUCCUCCAAGGAGAAGGUGGUUACGCAAACAUCCAUGGACUAUCAACAGGUUCUUAAGUAUCCAAUCGUCACUGAAGCUGCUAUAAAGCUAAUCACACUAGAGAAUACAUUAACGUUUAUGGUGGAUGUACGUGCUGACAAGAAAGACAUUAGGAAUGCCUUUGAGAACAUGCUUAAGAUUAAGACCAAGAAAAUCAACACAUUGAUAAACUAUGAUGGGACAAAAAAGGCUUACAUACAGUUGUCAUCCGAUAACCAGGCCGCCACUGUUGCUAAGAAAUUGAAAAUUUUGGGUUAGCUAUUAUAUGUUGUAUGAAAUCUAAAUUUUGUUCAUCAAGGAUUUAAUGUUGUAUAUAACCAAGGUAAUUGAGGUCAAGGAUGAUAAGCGAGUAAGCUAAUUUGGUCCGAUUAUAUAUUUUACCACCAAACCUCUUUGUUCGA